AUGGCACAUAAUAAUUUGCCAAGUAAUAUGAAUAAUAAUAAUAAUAAUCGUCGAUUAUCAUCAAUGGUUGUACCAACAAAUAAUCAAAUUUCACAAGAUAAUACAUAUGAAUAUGAACUUAUGAAAUUAAUGGAGCAAGAACGUCAAUUACUUGCUACUCGACAACAAAUACAAAGAGAAAAUAUAGUAGCUAAACAACAACAACAACAACAACAACAACAACAAAAUCAAUAUGUUUCAUAUGGUAAUGAAACAUAUUCAGAUUUACAAUCUCAAGCAAUAUCUCAAGUUAAUCGACAUAUUUUACCAGCUAUGAAACCCUUACGAAUUAUAAUUAUUCGUCAUGCUGAACGAGCUGAUGCUGUUUUAGGAUCGGAUUGGUCAAAGAAAAGUUUUGAUCGAAAUGGUCGUUAUAUACGAUUUAGUGAACAUUUACCUGAUGCAUUACCAACGCGUUCUUAUUUACAUCAUUAUGUAAUUGAUGUACCAUUAACAAAUCGUGGUCGUAUGCAUGCUUUUAAAACAGGUAAAGCAUUAUUAUUUAAUGGAUAUGGAGCAGAUAUUUGUUACACAAGUCCAUCAUUACGAUGUGUUCAAAGUGCUGAUGGUAUUUUAAAUGGUAUGAAUCGAAAAAAUAUACCAAUGCAAUUAGAACCAGGAUUAUUUGAAUGUUAUUUAAAUGAUUUUAAACGUACAUUAUGUUUUAUGACUAAAGAUGAAUUAGCAGCUAAUGGAUAUAAUAUUGAUAAAUCAUAUCAAUCAUUAAUGCCAUUUAUGCGUCCGCAUGAUAGUCAACUUGAUUAUUAUGAACGAUGUCGAGCAAUUAUGGAUAUUAUAACUGAACGACAUCAAACAACCGGUGGAACUAUUUUAAUUGUUGCACAUGCUCCAAGUCUUGAAGGUCUUACAAGACAUUUAUCAGGUGGUAAACUUCAACCAGAAAAAUUAUUUGAUAUUGCUCGUCGAGUACCAUUUCUAGCAAUGACAAUUGUAGAAAAAAAUAGUAUAGAUAGUCCAUGGCUCUUUCGUACACAACCACUUCAAACAGCUGGUACAACACAACCAAUGCGUGAAGUUUCACCUGAAUUACCUCAACCACCAACACCAGCACCAGCAGCAGCAGCAGCAGCAGCACCUAAAGCUAUUCCUUAUCCUCCAAUUGUUCAACAAAAACAAUUACCACCACCACCACCGCCACCGAAACAACAACAAUCAGUUCAAAUGAUUCCAGCACAACCUAAACAAGAACAAGACCAACAACGUCCUCAACAAAAUCAAAAUUUACGAGUUCGAGUACCAAUAGGUCCAAUACCAGUUGAUCCAAAGAAAGUAGCUAAAAGUUCAACAGCUCCAAAUUUACCAACAAGCAAUUCAUUAAGUGAAAUGUUUCGAGUUAUUUAA